AUGAAAAGAGUUAACCUCAGAUGGAAGAACAUGAAGAGGAAGAUGACCAAACAACAAUAUCAACAUAACAAAAGAGGUAGAGAUCUCGAACGUGGUGAGUAUGGAUAUAACGAGGAUGGUUACUGGUGUGAUUGGGCAGAAGGGAGGGAGGAGGGGGAAAGAAAAAUGAUUUUUGCGAUUUGGGUUGGAUUAGUCUAUAUAGCAUCAGUUUUCUGGGUUUUGUGUAGAAACAUGCAUGACGUGUGUAUGGUGCGACAUGUUAACAAACCAAAAAAACCUGCUACCUGCCAGUAUUGCAAUGCUUUCGAAAAGUGCGCCACACAAUUCAGCUCUCACCAGUAG